AUCCACUUUAAACUUAAUAUAUCUACACAAAAUAAAACAUAAUAUAUAAUGAGUGGUUACGAUAGUGCUUUAUCCAUUUUCUCACCUGAUGGACACGUUUUCCAGGUUGAAUAUGCAUCUGAAGCAGUUAAAAGAGGAACUUGUGCCGUUGGUGUCAAGGGUAAAGAAACAGUCGUACUCGGAUGUGAAAAGAGAACCACAUUGAAGUUGCAAGACCCACGUAUUACUCCUUCUAAGAUCUGUAAAGUUGAUAACCAUGCGUUAUUGGCAUUUGCCGGAUUAAAUGCUGAUGCCAGAAUUUUGGUUGAUAAGGCCAGAGUGGAAGCACAAUCCCAUAGAUUGACCCUUGAAGAUGCAGUUUCCAUUGAAUACUUGACGAAAUAUGUGGCCGGUGUCCAGCAAAGAUAUACACAAUCCGGAGGGGUUAGACCGUUUGGAAUUGCCACGUUGAUUGCUGGUUUCGAUAACAACGAUACGGUACCCAAAUUAUACCAAACAGAACCAUCUGGUGUUUAUAACGCUUGGAAGGCUAAUGCUAUUGGUAGAUCCUCUAAAACUGUAAGAGAAUUUUUAGAAAAGAAUUAUCUGGAAGAUUUAACAGAUGAACAAACAAUCAAAUUGACCAUUAAAUCGUUAUUGGAGGUGGUUCAAACUGGGGCUAAAAACAUUGAAAUUUCCGUCUUGAAGUCUGGAAACAGAAUCCAAAAGCUUACAGUUGAUGAAAUCAAGAAAUAUGUAGAUGAAAUUGAAGCUGAAAAGGAAGCUGAAGCUGAAAAGAAGAAGCCUAGAGUUAGAGGUGGUUAG